GGCCUCGCCGGCUCCUUCCAGCCUCCUCCGCCCCGGGCGGCGAGCGGGAAAAGAGGCCGCCAUUUUCUUUCUCGAGAGGAUGAUUAACCGGAGUUCUCUAUUUCCUUCCGUCAUUUCCCUUUUUUCCCUGGCGCUGUUCUGCUCUUCCCUUGCGAGCGAUGGAAACGAGUGCGGAAUAAGGCCUGCUGUUGACAUAUCAGGGAGUCGGAUUGUAGGUGGAAAUGAAUCUGACGAGGGCGCAUGGCCAUGGCAAGUUAGCCUUCAAGUAUAUAAGCAUGGUGCAGGAUUUAUCCAUUUAUGUGGUGGAACUUUACUUAAUAACCACACAGUAUUGUCAGCUGCACACUGCACUAUAGGAAAAUUGCGUCCAGAGUGGUGGAGGGCUGUGUUUGGCUUGCAUCAUCUUUUCAAACAUAAAACAUACGCUAUAAAAAGACGCAUAAAAGCCAUCAAGAAUUAUUAUUUCUAUGAUUCAAAAAGUUAUGAAGGUGAUAUUGCUGUGUUUCAACUAAGCAAAUCUAUCAUAUUUAAUGACUAUGUUCAGCCCAUCUGCUUGCCUAACGGUACUUUUGACCUGACUUCUGAUAUGAAAUGUUUUGUAAGUGGGUGGGGAAUGAAAAAAGAAAAAGGUAAAGGCAGUCUCACAUUGCAAGAAGCUCAGAUAAAGAUUUUUUCAUUAGACACUUGCAAUCAAUAUGAUUGGCAUGCAGGAUCAGUACCAGAUACUGCUUUCUGUGCUGGCUCUGAAAUUGGAGGUGUUGAUACCUGUCAGGGAGAUAGUGGUGGACCUCUUGUAUGCUAUUUAUCAGAUUCUAAAUAUUACGUUUUUGGAAUCACCAGCUACGGUAUUGGCUGUGGCCGACCCAAAUAUCCAGGAGUUUAUACUAAUUUGCCUAAGUACAUGUUCUGGGUGAAGAGACAACUUAGCGAAACCAACACUGUGAGCAUUCAGCAGUUUCCUUUGUUGCUUGUGGUAUGGAGCAUUUUCCAACUAAUUGUAUGAAGUGGCUUUUUGAUAUGCUAUAAAUAUAUCAGACUGCUCCUUAAAUACAGUGAAUCCUCGUGCAGUCUCAUUAUUUCUGAAAAAUAUUAUUUAAUAGUUUGUAAUUUUAAUUUGCUCAUUGAUAUAUUAAAGCAUGUAUUUUCAUUUGU